AAAAGGGUGGGAUACGCAUAUGUUCAUAUCUGAUGUGUGCAUGUUGGCAUGUGUUUUUGUGCGUGCAUGAGUUGAUAUGUGCACACGUUUCCGAAAUGCAUGGGGCCCGUACGGGCAGUAUUUUAGCAGGAAACACAUGUUUUCAGCUGACAGGGCUGGGGCGAGUGAACAGAGCUGAACAGCUGCACAAAGGAAACAAAAAGGAAACUGGACUGUUGUCACCCAGCCAGUGAGGCUCAGCUGGGGAGGUAAAAGUGUAGCUCAAAGGGGUUUUUAUUUGUCAAAGGCAAGGACAGUUUUCAAGGGACCUGUCCUCUUAAUGACAACUUGAAAAGCCAUGAAAAGCCAAAAGCCAGUACUGCUAUUGCUCCUGUGUGCUCUCUGCUGCUGCCUAGCGGAUAAUGUGGAGCUGCUACGCACUAAGAGAGGGACUCGUUUUUACAGAGGUGAGCCUGACAGGCCGCCAUCUAGACGGACGCUUUUGAUUAUUCAUGUGGAGAAGUCUUCACCUUCCUUUGACACCUCCUCACAUUGUGUGGAUAGUGAGACGUCGGCAGUGCGUAGUUAUGGGGACACUUGGAUGCGAUGGAGGGGACAGCGUGUGGAGUAUUGCCGUUGUGCAUUAAGAGGACGAGAGCGUUGUCAUAUUGUGCCCGUCAUCAACUGCUACGUGUCUCAGUGCUAUAACGGAGGAACCUGUAAGGAGGCCGUAUACACUUCAGACUUCAUUUGUCAGUGUCCCCCAGGCUUCAGUGGGACUCACUGUGAGAUAAACACCAAUGAGAAGUGUGUGGCGGGUCAGGGUGAGGGGUAUCGCGGCACAUGGAGUAUCACCCAUUCAGGAGCCGAGUGCAUCAACUGGAACUCCACGUCUCUGAGAGGAAGGAGGUUCACAGCUAGAAAAGUGGACGCCAGCAGUCUCGGUCUGGGCAAUCACAACUUCUGCAGGAACCCCGACAAUGACAGCACUCCUUGGUGUUACAUCUACAGAGGCACUCAGAUCGUCUGGGAGUUCUGUUCCCUGCCCAAAUGUCCUGAAGAUAAAUACCUCGAAUGUGUGCUGGGAUCAGGUCAGUCAUACAGAGGCACAACAUCAGUCACUAAGAGCGGCUCUCGCUGCCUCGCAUGGGACACUCCAGCAGUCAAACGAAAGCUCUACAAUGCUUGGAGAUCUGACGCAUUGGAGCUGAGGCUGGGCAGCCACAGUUUCUGCCGGAACCCAGAUGGUGAUGCUGGUCCUUGGUGCUACACCUACAAGAACAUGCAACUGACCUGGGAGCUGUGUGACAUAGCUAAAUGCUCGAGACGUCCACCUAUCAUCACCACUAACGGCCCACGUGCCCCCACAGCUAACAACAAUAACAGAGCAACGUGUGGCCAGAGGUUAGACAACACCCUAAAUCGCCCGGUGUUCCGCAUGUUUGGGGGCAGAGAGAGCGACAUUACAGAGCAGCCAUGGCAGGCGGCCAUCAAUGUUUACCAAGCCCGUCUCAAGAGACACUUUCACCGAUGUGGGGGCGUCCUCAUUGACUCCUGCUGGGUCCUAUCUGCUGCACACUGCUUCGAAGACAAUGCUAAAGCAGAAAAACUGGAAGUGAUUUUGGGAAGAACGUUCAGGAAACAGAAUUCCACCAGCGAGCAGAUUUUCAAGGUUGAGAAAUACUGGAUCCAUGAGAAAUUUGACAAUGACACGUUUGACAAUGACAUUGCUCUCUUGAAGCUGAAGAGCGACAUUGGCAUCUGUGCUAUAAACUCUCCAGAGGUUUUUCCUGCGUGUCUGCCCGAACGUGGGCUGGUGCUCCCUGACUGGACUGAGUGUGAAAUCUCAGGCUAUGGAAAAGACUCAGAAUUUUCUGCAGAAUACUCCCAGCGCGUUAAGAGAGGUUAUGUUCGCCUGUGGCCCAAAGAGCGCUGCAUCCCAGAUGUGCUGUCAGGACGCCCCGUCACCUCCAACAUGCUGUGUGCAGGUGACACCCGAGGCCUGGACGAUGCCUGCAAGGGAGACUCUGGUGGCCCACUCGUCUGUCGAAACAGUGAGAAGAUGAUUCUGAUGGGUGUGAUCAGCUGGGGCGAUGGGUGCGGGCAGAAGGAUAAGCCCGGGGUCUACACCCGCGUCUCCCAUUACAUCGAUUGGAUCAAUGGCAAAAUUAAGGCAAACCCAGUCUAAAGUAAGAAAGGCUGCAAGGAAGAUGUUGUAGGAUGACCCGUAAACACAGCGGGUAAAAGAGCGAACAUUGAGAAGGUACACAGAGAGAUCCACAGGACUCUGUUCAUCGGCUGAUCUAAAUCCAGACUCAUGGAGGUUUUAAACCAGCGGGACCGCUCCAACAGAGACACACAAGGGGGGACCUGAUUGAGUUUUCAUGCUCAGUUGGUUGAAUGUGGCAGUUUAGAUGUACAGAAACACAGGACAAACUCUUUUUCCUCCUCCUGGGCCAUUUUUGAUCUGGAUAAUCCUUUUUGUCUUUUGUGUACAAAAGUUUUAAAAGUUUUGUAUUUCUCCGUAUGAUGUCGAACAGACAGGAGGUUCAGGCAGGAAAAAUAGGAAAUAUCAGUGUUCCUCGGCUCUGUCUGGCUGGUUUUAAGCUGGUUUACAGAAGAAGAAGUCAUGGCAGUAGACUUCAGGUCUGUAGCACUCCACUUAGCAUCUCCUUUGUGCAGUACAGAACAUCUCAUAGGAAUGCAUUUUUUAAAGCAAAGAUCGUGUUUCAGACUUCUGGAUGUGAGGAUAUGUUGGCUUAAUCAGUUUUAAUGCUACAUGUUCCGUUACAUUUGCUUACUUUAGGGCUCCAGGGGUUUUACAUCCCCAUCUAUAAAGCAAAAUGCAUCUGCUGGUUCAGAUUCUGCUCAUUUUUGCAGCCUUAGCUCCCUGACAGAGAGAUUUGAACAGGUGGAAACAGGAAACUCUGAGACAUUCAGUUCAACAAAGCUGUGCCCUGUUCCUUAGGCUUCACUACUGAGGAAGUGCAAAACCUCCUUUGUUCUCCACUGUUUUUUUUCCACCAGCCAUCUGGGUUGAGCCCGGCAUGUUAUUGUCUGAAUAUUGAUUUUAUAUUGAAAUGACUAGAGGCUGAUCUACAUUAAACUUCUUAUUGACUGCAAACCUUAUUUCCUUAAUGAAUUCACACUGUUCUGUGAUGUUUUUAAUGUUUUGUACUAAGUUAAUAUUUACAUGUAUUUCAUAUUGGACGAACUACUUUUGUACUGUAUGUAUUGUAGUUAAAUAAUUUAUUGUCGCUGUCAUUAUAACCACAUCUAACAACAUAUUCCUUUGUUUAUAAAUAAUGUAUGGAAUAAAUCUUUUUUUGCUUUAUGCUUUUUUUUAAAUUUUUUUACUGUGUUAUGUCAUUCUCAAUAAAUCACUGAUAAAUUAAUUACACCAUGACAGAUUAAGGAUCACUUCAGAUUAAAGAUCAGCCUCAACUUCUUUAAAGACAUUCCUGGAUCAUGACUGAGGAGUCUUUGAGCCAGAAAUUCUGUCAGUGUGUUGGAAAUUAAGUGACUGAGUUUACUGUUAUCAGUUCGUCUUCACAUUUUUGUCUCAGCACUCCCUCACAUCUCACCGACUGGAACAUUACAACAGCUUUAUGAACCGUUGCCAAAAAUCAGAAACUUCCUUGAGUAGUCUGCAUGUUUUGGGGGCAUUUAAGGUUUAUUUUUAAUGUUUUCAUUCAUAUCCCUUCACAGUUCACAUACAGUGACACAGAGAGUGAAGUAUCAUGAACCUCCUCAGAGUUCAACUCAUCUUUCAAAUGAUCUCACCUAUUUAUAUGUGAGGACUUGUGAUUGUCAGUCUAGCUGUAUUUUUGAGAUCACAGUCUCUUCAAAUUUAUUUUCAAACAUCUACUUUCAUGUGCCUGUGUGAUCUCAAGGGCAUUUGGAAAUACCCAAAAGUACCCAGUAACCAAUUUAAAAUCAGAUGUUAUCAGUCAAGAGACAGUAAGGCAUUUCACUCGUUUGAAAUGACAGCAUUCAAGGUUUGAAGUUCAAUCCAUUCAUCCAUAAAAUAUGGAAAUAACAUUGCUCAUCCCAAUCAACCAGCACUUAUUACCAAAACAGGAAAUAAAUGCCUAUAAAGUGACACCAUAAAUACAAAAAAACAGCAAACUACAUUCUGUAAUAAAACUCUAAGUAAGCUAGGAUACAAAUUAAAUACAAAUUACAGCUUACAUCAUCCUUAAAAAUUUCACGAUGUAAGCUCUACCAGUAAGCUCAAACACUGUGCUGAAU